AUGCUGCGCCCGCUGCUGCUCGCGGCGCUCUGCCUGGCCGGCCGGCUUGCAACCGCCCGCGGCUGUCAGCUGCCCUCCGAGUGGAGACCCCUGAGCGAGGGCUGCCGCGCCGAGCUGGCGGAGAUCAUCGUGUACGCCAAGGUGCUGGCGCUGCACCAGGAGGUGCACGGCCUGUACAACUACCUGCCGUGGCAGUACGAGGCCAGCGACGCGGGGCUCUUCUACUCCGCCGAGAUCGAGAUGCUGUGCGACCAGGCGUGGGGCAGCAUGCUCGAGGUGCCCGCGGGCUCCAGACUCAACCUCACUGGCCUGGGCUACUUCUCGUGUCACUCCCACACCGUGGUCCAGGACUACUCGUAUUUCUUCUUCCUCAGGAUGGAUGAGAAUUAUAAUCUCUUGCCGCACGGAGUCAAUUUCCAAGAUGCCAUCUUUCCAGACACUCAAGAGAACAGAAGGAUGUUUUCCAGCCUUUUCCAGUUUUCAAACUGUUCUCAAGGGCAGCAAUUGGCAACUUUUUCCAGUGACUGGGAGAUCCAGGAAGACAAUAGGCUCAUGUGUUCGUCCGUGCAGAAGGCUCUGUUUGAGGAGGAGGACCACGUCAAGAAACUGCAGCAGAAGGUGGCCACUCUGGAGAAGCGGAACAAACAGCUUCGGGAUCGGGUGAAGAAGGUCAAGAGGGCACUGAGGCAGACACGGAAGAAUGGUCGCCGCCUGGAGCUGGUGAACCAGAAGCUCAGCGAGAAAUUAGCAGCUGCAGCAGGUGCCCUCCCACACAUUAAUGCCCUGGGGCGGGAGCCACCAGGUGCCACGUACCUGCAGGGGUAGCAGGGACUGGGUAGUGGCCUAGCCUGGCUCUGCUGGAACAUGUUGCCUCUUGCCAGGGAAUGUAAAGUGAUGGUAGGUUUCAAUGUGCACAUAGGUCAAAAAAUCUUGUAGAUGAUGUUUUUAAUAUGCAUUUGGUAGUGCCUAGUUACUUGAAGGGGCAAGUCUUGCUAAUUUUCUUAGUUGCUGGGCUCCUUCCCCUCUCUGCCUCGCUCCCAGACCCAGGGCUUGCAAGUCCAGAGGCAGUACGAUCCUGGAAUAUCAUGUGCUUGCCUAGGGCCUGUCUCCAGCUUUCAGGAGCACACUGGAAAGUGUACUGACUGUGGAAAGAAUAUUUUAGAAUCUCUAGGUGUACAAGAAUCAAGGGUUUCAACCUUAUUUAGAAGAGAGGCAGUGGGAUCUCUAGGUCUGAGCUCCAGGACCAUCAUUAGUUUUGAGAAGGGAUCUGCAGCAAGUCUUGGAACCUUCUGGUGUCUCCUUUGCCAGUUUUGGAAGGAGGGGGGCAGGCUUGCAAAGCACCCAAGGAUGCCUGCAAAUAUGCAUGUGCAUGGUGUCCUUACUCCAGCCAGCAUUUCCU